AAAUAACUAAUUAAAAAAAAUGUCGUCAACUCUUUCGUUUACCCAAAUGACCCAAGACUUACUCCGUCUGGAGUCACACCCUGUACCGGCAUCCUCCUUGCCUGCGGACUUGCAGCCUGUCAAAAAUCUCAUAACUGCUGUUCGAUCAAUCCGUUCAUCCACAGAUCAAGUUAUUGAUUCACGCACACGUAUUGACCAGAUCCAACAAGAAGCACAACAAUUAGACACACUAAUCAAGAAAAAUAAAAAACUUGAUGAAUAAUUAAAAUAAAAUACCAAAAAAUUUUGU